AUAAUCAGGAAAACGUCCAUUCCAAUUAGGAUACUCAUGCCAAUGAUGUAUGAGCAACAGUUGCCAUAUUGUCUAUUUAUCAGUUGAACGUAUGCUGUUUAACUAUGAGAGUAGUAAUUGUGAUUUGUGCAGUCGUUUUGAGUGCGGGCGCAAAUUGGCAAACUGAGUACGGACCGUUUAAGAAUCUAUUGUAUUCGAACUGGAUCAAGUGUGACCACAACAAGAAUCAAAACGUGAACACCAGCGAUACAGAAGUAUAUUUUUAUGACUUCCAAAACAAUUUCAACAUUAGUUACAAAAUUGACAACGCAGUCAGCGCGAUUUCUUCAUCAUAUAAUUUAGACGUAUCCAAACAGAUAAAACUUUUCGUGCCCGGAUAUAAGUCUCACAUUAGCAGAAAUGCACCAGAAGUCAUUCGCCAGGCAUUUAAAGAUGUCCCUAAUAUUUAUCUUAUAAUUCUAGACCAUUCCAUUUAUACGUCAUCAAAAGGUGGCAGCAGGAAGAGUUAUGAGCGUUCGGUUAUGUACUCAAAUUAUCUGGGUAAGGCUAUUGGAAGACUGCUAGCUGAUCUCAGAUUGUUUGGAUUUCCAUCCAAUCAAAUUCAUGGUAUAGGAUUCAGCUUGGGAAGCCAAAUGCUCGGAUAUGCUGGUAAUACUUAUUUUGAUAUAACAUUAGAAAAACUAUGGAGGAUCACAGCAAUUGAUCCAGCAGGACCUUGCUUCUCAAAUAGCCUUAUUGAAGAGCAAAUACGAUCUGGAGCUGCAGACUACGUGGAGGUAUACCAUUGUAAUGCUGGUGGAUUGGGUACUACCAGUGUUUUGGCUGACGUAGACUUUUUUUUAAACGAUGGAAAGGUCCAACCGAAUUGCCAUGUUGGAUUUAUCCCCGGUUUUGGCGAAUCUGACGCGGCUAGAUGCAGCCAUAAAGCGUGUAUUAGAUAUUGGGCUUACACUGUAACUCAUCCCGGUACAUAUUUGGCGUGGGCCUGCGAUUCGUACAAGGACUUCAGUGAUGGUGUCUGUGCCGCGAAUCAAGUCACUAUUGCUGGUUAUUCGAAUCCCGGUAAUGCGUCGGGUGUGUUUUAUGCGUCGACAGAGACUUACGGUGUGAUUUAAGUAUUAACAUCUACAACUAUUUGUAUUAGUAAAAUUAAUUUAGAAAUAAAUCUAAUAAAGAUUUCUAUUUAAGUUCUGUCUGGUAAUAAGUAACGGGACUUAUAUUUUUUUACUGUUUAAGUGUUUCUUAAAUUGUAUGUUAUGUAAGUAUUGGUAUUUUUACAUGGAAGAGAAGGACAAACGAGUGUACGGCUCGCCUUUUUUUUAAAUGAUCACCGCCACUCACAUUUUCUUUCAUCACUAGAGGUUUUAGAAGGUGUCCGCGCUCUUUUAAUGUCGUAUCACCCUGGAAAUACUGCACAAGGAAGCUCAUUUCACAGUUUGGUUGUGCGUGUAAGAAAGUUCUUUGAAAACAGUAAUGUCGAGGGAAGCCACAUAUCCAGAUGGUGGAGAUCGUAAUUAGUGGCGUACUUUGGGAAGGAACUCGAAGGCAGGCCAAACAUCUCAUCGGAACACUCUCCGUGAUAGAUGCGGUAGAAGACAUACAAAUGGUACAUACAGAUUUUAUUAUGAGAAAAAUGGCGAGACGAGAAAUCCGUUCGCCUGAUUGUAAAUGAGAUUUAUUUUUUAGUAUGUGUAUUGUAAUAAAGAUGUCGUUGUCUGAAAA